AUGUUCCUGAACAAAUUCGCCGUACUUACCGUUGAGGAACCACAAGAGCCUGAACAGGAGCAGAGAGCCUCCCCUGGAUCGCAGAAGCUCGUAAAGGUGGAGCUGGUUAAGAAUGACGAGAAUAAGGCAACACCUUCGUAUUUCGGCCAUAUGUUCUUCAAGGCGUUCUGCCUGUUCCAGGAUUUGCAUAAUAUACGGGCAUUCAUCUCCCAUACCUGGUCGGAGUAUCGAGACAAAAGGAUCGAUCUCAUGAAUGCUGCUCUCGUGACUGAUAGCGCAUUGCAACUUGCGCGAGAUCUGGCGCAGGAGGUGGUGGAUGACUGGGCUUCUUCCACCCUCUCUCCCGACGACAACAUUCAGGACCUGGUGUUCAAAGCUGCCUGUGUCAUCCGGCGUAUCCUUCCGAAUCCCUCCGCUGAGAUCGGCCUGCCAUACAACAAACACAUGGCAGAUGUAGCCGAGUGGUGCUAUUUGCCAACAUGGGUCAUCCUGGGAUCGUCCGCACGUGUUUUGCAGGAUAACCAUCUUCCGGUCUUCAAGAAAGGCUAUUUCGGUAUUUACGACCCCAAGGCAAACAGAGCGGGGAUGUCUCUGGGUCAGAAAUUCAACGAAGACAAGAUCCUUCUUCAAUUCUUACCGGAGUUUUGCAUGAUUGGUACAUUCGGUAUUCGCAUGCCUAGCUCGGAUUCGAUUACUAAGGGUCUUAUUGAGUUUCGCAAAACCAAAAAGGUCGAUCCAUGGCUUUGCUUCGCCUCCCAAAUUCUUCUUGAUGUUCAUCAUACCAUGCGUUACAACACUUUAAGUGUAUUGGACGACCUCCGGAUGUCCGGACUGCGCAUUCAAAAAUCAUUGAAGACUACUUGA